AUGACUAGGGUUGAUGGGGUAUUUUAGCAAAGUCUUUAAAUUGAUAAUAAUAUCAUAGAAUAUGCUGUUUUUAAAGAUUAGUUAAUAGUCAUGUCUUAAAAAGAUUAAAGUAUAAGGAGCUGGGACAUAUCUACAAAUAAAUUAUAUCCCUUAUGCUUUUUUAACUAGUUGAGAGAUAAUAUUGAUAAAAUAGAACUUGUAAAUGUUAGUAAUUUAGUAAUAAUAUCUAUAGGUCUCUAUAGCGAAAUUUUCACUAUCUCUAUAUAAUCUCAUAUCAUUUACCCAACUUUUUUGCCUAUUACUUCUAGUUAGUAGUUUAAAAUUGUAUAUACCGCAUAAGAAACAGUAUAAUGGUUCGAUAACUUAAUAGUAAGAUUCUUAAGUAACUAAAUCAGAAUAACAGAAAUCUAUUCAAGUGCUUAAUAUUUAAUCAGUUUGAACGAAUUUACACAAUCUCAAUUUAUAUGCUCGUCACUAAGUAAUUUUAUUUAAUUAAAAAAACUUUUAAACUAAAAUCUGAUGUUGGCAAUAAAUAAAAAUUCUGUACAACUUACAAUAAUUGACUAAUAAAGCUGCAAAAUUUAGAUUUUACCUGAUUUAAUUAUAAAAUUUGACUUAAUUUAUUACAAUAAUCUGGAAUAUGUAAUUAUUCUAACUAAUUCAGGAAUCGUUAUCCUUGACUAAAAUUUUAAAACUGCAUAGAGCUUCAGCUUGACUAAAUACCAAGUAAUACACAUGGCAUAAUCUCUUUAAAUAUAAAAUAAUUAUCAAAUUUAUAUUUUAGCUAUUGAGCAAGCGACUAGUAAACAAUUUGUACUUUAGCUAUAAAUCUAAUUUACAAACUCUUUAGCAUCAAUUAGCCAAAUUUUAACAUAUAAUGUUGGAAUUAAUGAUGCAAAAUAGUUGGCAUAUUUUCCUAAAACUUAAGAUGGAAAUUUCGCGUCUAGACUUUUUAUACUAGGAAUCGAUUAUUAGUCAAUAUUACUAGAUUAAGUUGAUUUUUCUAUUUCUUUAGAAAAAUAAGAAUAUUUGGUCCAAAAUUUUCGCUUGGGAUUACCUUAGAUAAAUGGAUAGAUUUAGAGUGUAUUAAUUUUAGAGCAAAGCUAACUCCUUAUAGCAAGUAAUAAUCUUGGAAAUCUUUACAUUUGGGAUUUUGCAAAUAUAUUUAACGCCAGAUUGAUAUGUGGAACUUUAUUACCUAGUAGCUAGAAUAAUUAAAUAGUUUAAUUCAACACAAAUGAUGAGCAAACAAUUAUAAUAUUGACUUAAUAAAAUGUAUUUAUUUUUGACACUUAUUCUUGUACAAUCGUUUAAUAAUGGAACUUUAAUAAUAACCAAUAUAAGGGUCUGCAAGUAUCGGUUUAAAAUAAUUUGGCAAUAAUUUUAAUAAAUAAUCAAUUAUUUAUAAUAUAACAAAAUACUAAUAGUUUAUAACCAUUAGAUUUUUAAAUACCUGGGAUUAUUAAUUUAAUAUCUUACUAAUAAAAUAACAUUCUUAUCAUCCAAUUAAAUUCUAAUAUUUUAAUUAAUUCUAAAGUAGAUUUAACACAAUUUACAGUAACUUAAGCUAAAUAAAUUUCUUAUCCCAACGAUACAAUCUAGCUAUUAAGAAUAAAAAAUUAUAGUCCCCCUAACCAAACUUAGUUAAAUGCUUUGUUUGAAAUUAUUUUAUUUAUGAAUAGCUAAACUAUGUACUUUCUCCAUGACGAUUUAUCUUAAUUCUCAAAGGUUUAGGGUAUUUAGCUUUCAAAUGCUAUAGAUUUAAACUUUGUAGCUGACCCGUUGGACAAUGGCUACGUGAUUGGUGGAUUGACAUCAAAAAAAUCAACUUAAUAUCUAUAUGAAUCCUAUAUGGUAUUCAAGGAUACUUAACUGGUUUUAUUGGCCUAUCAAGUGAGUGCAAUGAAUUAAUUAUUUCCGCCAACAAAAUAUUAUGAUCAGUUUGCUUAAAGCACAAUAUAUAGAAUGAAGAUGGGUUAGAGCUUCGGAAUUAUAUAGGCUAUAGGUGAAUUUGAAUUUGAUGUGUCUCGAUAGGCUAAUACAUUUAGAAAUCUUCUUGUUGCAAAUAAUAUUCUUAAUGCAAAACUUACUCUUACAAAAGACUAAAAAUAUGCUGUCCUUGGAGAUAAUUUAGGCACAGUAGCUACUAAACUAAUUUAACUUGAUUAUUAUAGUAGCAUUUACUAGUUAGAUUAGUAAUCUAUAAAUAAAGGAAAUUUUAUUUCAAAAGUGUACUAGAGUUAUAUUUUAGGAGUUUUCCUAAUAAUAAAAAAUUCAGUAGAAAUUUAUGAUAUUAACACUAAUCUAUUUAUUAAUUCAAUAAAUUCUCAAAAUUACCCAGACGAUACUAUAAUAUAAUAUUUUGUAUUAGAGUAAUAUCAAAAAGUAAUAAUUUGUAAAUAAUUCACAAUAUUUAUUUACGAUUUUUCUUCAUAAGAAACUAUUUAUUUUGAUAGUGGUUCUUCAAUUAUUUCUAAUAUUUUACUUUAUAAUGACCCAACUAACAACUCAGCUAUUAGAAUCAUUUCAUAUGGUCAAUCAGUUAAUUAAUUAGAUUUAAAUUUAAAAAUUUUAAAACACUUAACGAUGGAUUUCAGUGUUUUAAAUUGUUAAACUACUGAAGAUUCACUAAUUUGCAAACUUUAGAAUAAAUAAUUAAUGAUUUUUAGUCUAUCAAAGAAUUAAGUAACUUAUUAAUUUAAGCCAAAAUACUAAAAUGAUUAUAUUUUUGGAGUUGAUGAGCUCAAUCAAAAUUUAAUUGUUUGCUCUGUUGAUGUAAAUUUAUACAGCACUAAAGGAAAUUUUAAGCAAAAACUCUACACUAGUUUACUUUAAGUAACUGAUCUGAAAUUCUUUGGAAAAAGGAUGAUAAUUGUGUGCCAAACAUAUAUAUAAGUUCUAGAUAGAGUUACUUUUGCAUCUUUGGCAACAAUCAUUCCAGGUGGAGGAACAGGAAAUAUUUUUAAAAUACUUUAUAUUGAACCAUACAAUCAUAUAAUAGCUACUUCAUCAUUAAUUAGAUUUGGUUAGGCUUUUAUUUAUAGUUUAGACACUUUUAAUCUUAUAUAAAGCUUGAAAUAAUCUUAUACACAAAAUAAUCCAUUAAUGAUUUGUGAUUUAUUUUUCGAUUAUAAUUAAAACUACUUAGUUUUAUUUGACUUCGGAGGAAAUUUUGGUAUUUAUGAUUACUCUUCUGGAGCAUAUCAAUCUAUAACAUUUGUGCUUAUUAAGGAAUUUCAUUAUAAUCCAACAUACUUACCAGUAGGAUUAAAUUUUAAUCCUAGCACUAAUAACUUGCUAUUGUUUAGCUAAAUCUAAAUAUUUUAGCAAAAUUUUGCAGAGCUUUUAAACAAAUAAACAGUCCACUCAUUAAAAUAAAAUAAUUAUUUUGUUGAGCUUCCUUAACUUAACCCAUAAAAUGAUAUUAAAAUACUUAUCUUAGGUUCUAAUAGCUAAUUUUAUUUAUACUCAGAUUUUUAAUUUUAAUAUUUUUCAAGAAUAGCUAAUUCUAUAGAUGUAGUGAAAGAUAUGAUCUUGAUCAAAGAAUCCUAAUUACUAGUUUUAGGAUUGACCUCUUCGUUUCAGAUAUAUGAUGCUUCUAUUUAGCCAUACUAGCUUUCGCUCAAUAUUCAAAAUUAAAAAUCUUUUAAAGUUGUUACAGGUUAUUAGUUCAGAUACUUCUUAGCAGAAAAUUUAUUUUAUACAAUAGACAAAAAAAUAGUUCAUUAUAAUUUUUAACAAUAAAUUGAGCUUAAAGUUAUAAGUCUUUAAAAUAAUUAAUGGCUAACCUGUUAUAAAUACCUAUCAAGCAUUAAUUAUUUAGUCAUAGGAUUAAAUGAUGGAACUGUUUUUGUUUAUUAAAUUGCAAGCACAUUAUAUACUAAUUUUAAUCUGAAAUAAAGCUAAAGUAUCUAUAAUGUUGUUAAGUUUAUAAUAGAAACACAAAGCUACAUCUUUAUAGCAACACAAUAAACCAUAAUACUGUAAAUUGAUAAAACCAAUAUAAAUAAUUCUGUCAAAUAUGAUCUAAGUUAAUUUAAUAACCAAAAUAAAAAGUUAACAACCUUUUUUGCAGAUGAAAGAGUGAAUAAUAGUACAGUAUAAUAUACCAAUCGAAUCUAUUUAAGCUAUUUAGGUGAAAAACUUAUCAGAUGUAUUGAUAUAUCAACUCUAGCUACUAAUCUUGCUAUUAAAUAUUUAUAGUUUCCUAAUAGCUCAUAUAAUAAAAUAAUGCUAACUGAUAAUUAAAUUAUUUUCUAUUGCACUUUUUAGUUAAACAUCCAUUAGAGGGAUAAUCUUUAAUACAUUAUGAGCAUAAGAAGGUAAAAUAUUAUGGAUGAAAUAAUUGAUUUUAGAGUUUUUAAUAAUGGUACAUAUUAUAUUAUUGUUUACCUAUUAAGAUUUGAAUUUAUUAAAGCUGAUUUUACUCAACAAACUAUUUCCCUAUUAGAUCAAAUUACUAUAAGUAAUUUAUUGAUAGCAAAAACCAUAUUCGAUUCGGUUUCAUAAUAGCUCAGAGUUAUUGGAGUGUCUUAAGAUACCUUAUUUGAUUAGUAAUAUAGCUUAGGUUACUAUAAUGACCAGAGUAUAUUAGGUUAUUCAUAAUGUAGUUUAAAUAUCUAAUCGAUCAGCUCACUUCAAAUGGCGCAAACAAUAGGAUUGAUUAAACCCCCUAGUGUUUAAUAACCAUCGUAGUUGGCUAUUUCACCUAUUUUAAAUUAGACAUACAAUAAUUUUUACACUAUUUAUUUAGAAAGUAAUAAUCUUUAAGAAAUAAAUUUUGAUAUUACUCGUGAUGGAUAAAUCACAAUUGUCCCUUACUCAUAGAACAAUUUGGCUCAAAUAGAGGCAGCUUCAUAGUACAAUAGCUAAAUCUAGAUAGCUCCUGCAACAUUUGUUAAUUUUAAUAAAAAAGAUAUACUUAUCAAAGGCUUCGAAUUUAUUUUUAAUUAAUAAUCAUAAUAAGCCUAGCUAUUGACAUUUAAUAAUAUUUCUUAAAAUAUUUAUUUCUAAAGUAUAUAAAUUAAAAAUUAAAAAUUGUAAGAUAUCAGUUUUUAAUUUCAAAAUAUGACUUUAGUGAUUUUGAAUAAUUUAUAAAUCUAAAAUGUCACAAUUUAGUACAAUCCUAACAAUAUAAAUAAUUCAUUCUUUUUUUUCUCUAACUGCAGUUAUGUUUACAUCAUGAACAUGGUAAUAAAUAACUCAACUUUUGUUGGAGAAUUAAAUAGUUUUGUUAAUGCAUUUGGUAUUACAAAUUUAGAAAUAAACAACUUACAAAUUACUAAUAGCAAUUUAGAUUUCUUCUUUAUUUCAAAAAAGGUGGAUAAUUUUAUAAUUAAUAAUGUUAACAUUAUUAACUGCACUCAAACUAAAUUAAUUAGUCCUGCCUAGCAAAUUUAUUUUUUUUAUGCACAGAGAACAUUAAAUCUUUAGAUAAACAAUAUAAUAUACGGUAACAACUCAAAUAUUUAAUUUAUAAAUUCCUAAAAACAACUAUAGAGUAGUGAUUAUACAAUAACGUUAAAUUCUGAUACUUUGAGUCUGUCUAAUGCUAAUUUUUAUGAUAAUACUAAUAUAAUUGGAAACUAUUAAUCAACAGAAUAACACUUAAUUCAAAUAUACUCAACAACUGUAGUUAUUAAGUCUUUAACUUUUUUAAAUAACCAAGGAAAUGUAUAUGUAAAUUAAGCUAAUAAUAUAACCUUUGAUAGCUGUAAUUUUACUCAAAACUAAAAUUUAAAUGGUGGUGGCAUAUAGUUGGAUACUAUAUAUGUUAGUUUAAAAAUAAUAAAAUCAACAUUUUUCUAAAAUAGAGUUACUGGUAGUGGAGGUGGAAUCUACAUUAGCAAUCAAAUUAAAGAUUUUUAUAUUGAUGAUCAUACUUUUAUCACUUAAAAUAAUGCUCUCAUUGGUGGUGGUAUUCGCUUUUUUUUAAAUAUUAAUAACAGGUAUAAUGGCUAAUUUAAUAACCUUUAUCACAAAGCGAAUAUAAAUUCUAAUAAUGCUUUAAUAUAUGGUUAAGAUAUAGCAUAAAAUUUACAAAGCAUAAGAGUUAAAAGUGUAGUAUACGAUCCAAGUGGAUAAAAUACUCAACUUCCAUUUCUUUUUUAAGAUUAAGCUGAAUUAAAUCAAUAAGAAAAAUAAUUUUAUUCUGGAAAAUUAAUUUUAUAAAAUAUUGUUAGCGGGUCUUCUUUUAAAAUAUCUAUUUCAGUAAUGGAUUAAAUUGGUGAUAUAUUAUUCUUUGACACAACUCUUCUUAGAGAUAAAGUUUAUCCACCUGAUAUUAUGUAAGAACUGAGCAGUAUAUAUUUAAAGCUUGAUGCACUAAAUUCAAGUAGUUAACUAGUUAUUAAUGGAGAAACUUAUAUUACUCCAGAUUAGUAUAAUCAAACUGAAUUAGCCUUCAAUUUUAGAGAGUUUUAAAUGACAUCUAGUCCUCUUCUUUCAGUUUCAUUUAAUUUAGAUUAUAGCAUUAAUUAAGUGGAUAGUAAACCAAUUUAAAUAAUUGCUAUUUUUCGUUAGUGUGUUGUUGGUGAAAUAUAUAAAUACUUUAGUCCUUAAAUUAUAAGUUGCUAUUAAUGUCCAGAAGGGUAGUUUUCGCUUAUUUAACCAUCAAUGAAGUAAAAUGACUCUUAGACAAAUGAAUAGGACAUAUAGGUUUGCCAAAAAUGUCCAGAUUCGGCCAGCUUUUGUAAAGGAAAAAAUAUUGUCAUUAAAGAUGGAUACUGGAGAAGUAGUGAUUCCUCUUCAAAUAUAUUUUAUUGCUUAAAUCAACCAAGUAAUUGCGUUUCUUAAAUUAGAUCAGAUGUUGAUUAAAUAUAAGGAUGCAUUAAAGGUAAUAUAGGACCUCUUUGUGAAGAAUGCGAUUAUUUUGGUGAAGUUUGGAAAGGCCAUUAAUACUCUAACUCUUUUACCUAGAGAUAUGAUUGCAGUGAAUGCAGUGAUACAUCUUACUAAAUUGCUUUUAUAAUAAUUAUGGGAAUUUUUUUUACUUUAUAUUUCUUUUUCAGUACUCUAAUGUUUAUGUCAAGCUUUAUGCAUACACAGACUUGCUACUAUCUGAGAAGACUAAAUCUAUUUCCUAUUUCAUCGAAUUCAAUCAGGGAUUGGUCAGGUUUUUACCUCAAAAUUCUUAUAAACUAUUUAUAAAUUUCAUCAAUGCUCAUAUAUUUCAAGCUUAAUGUAUUUCCUUCAUUCUUCGGAGAUUUAGGGAAUUUAUUUUAGUCACCUUCUAAUAAGAUCAAUGUAACCAUUAAUUGCAGUAUAAUUUCUAUUGUUAAAACAAGGCUACAAAAAGUUCAAGCUUAAUAAAUUAUUUAGCUUUUAACACCACUUAUCUUCUAUUUUAUCAUAAAAUUCAUUUUUUAGAUCUGUGAGAGGUUAAAAAAAUAUAAUAUAAAUAACUGGCACAAGUUCACAUUAUAUAAUUUAAUUUUUGCCUUCUUUUAGCCUAGCUCUAUUUAAUUCUUUGCUUAAUCGUUAAGUUGUCGUUAAAUAGGGACAAAUAAUUAUUCACAAUUUGAUUUAUUAAUUGAUUGUGAUGAACUCAGAUAUAAUAGAUUUACCUAAUCCUUUAGUAUAACUAUGAUACUAUUUUGGAUAAUUACUCCUUUAAUUAUUUUAUAUAAAAUUAAAAAAUCAUCUAAAACUUUAAAUAAUUGUAUUAUCCGCUACAAAUACGGUUUUUAUUAUUCUGAAUUCAAGUAGGGUUAUUACUACUGGGAAUUCGUGAGAUCUAAUCUUCGUAUAUCAUUGGUGCUUCUUUUCACAUUUCUUUCAGGUGAUAAUAUUUAUUUAGUUUAUAUUUAAAUCAUAUUUAUCAUGAGUGCCUAUAUAAAAUUAAUGCUAAUAUAUAGACCGAUUCAAAGCAAUAAACUGCAAUAAUUUGAAAUUCUUUCAAUUUUGGUCAUAAUAGUUAAUUUGAUUCUAACUGCUUUAAAUCACGAAUAUUAGUACUUAUUUAUAGAAUCUAUUACCUAUUGUAUUCACAUUUGCUUUAUUUCUUACAUAAUUGUAGUUAUUAUUUCUUACAAAGUGUCUUCAAAAUUAAAUGCCUUUGGAAGACUCAUUCGCUGGAUUUUUAAAAAGAUUCUACCACAUAAAUUUUACUAGAAAUUCGAAACUAAACUAGAAAUAAAAUUUAGCACAUACAAAAAAUGGAAAGAAAUCAGAGAAAUGGUUCCUUAUAUUAUUGGUUUGAAGGCCCUAGAAAAAGCAAAAGAAAUUUCAAAUACUAUUAAUAAAACAAAUGCUCCCUCGAAAAGCAAAAAAAGCUUAGCAUAAAAAUAAAUAAGCUAAUUAGCAUGUGAUCUUUCUCGCUCAUUUUCUCCUAAUUUUAAUCAAUAAAAUUAAGAUCAAGCAUAUUAUUCACCAUCUCAUAAGGAAUAAGAAAAAAAUGCAAGUUAAGAUUUUGUAAUUGAGUAAUAAAAUAAUGAUAAAAGCAAUUAAUUAUAAGAUUAAAAUACUCAAAAAUUAAAAGAAUCAAAUGGUAAUAUGAGCAUGAGCUUAUCUAAGAUAGAAUUUUUCUCAAAUCUAGAAAAUGUUGAAAAAGUUACAGAAAGUUAAUCAUAGAAUGAUUAAUCUCCUUAUCCAUAAAACUUUAAUAAAAAAAGAAGAUUAUUACCAAGUCAGUAUUAGAUAAAUGCAGUUAAUAUAUCUACUUUAGACUAAAAGGAUAGGACUAAGGAAAGCAAUUAGUGA